AAAUUCCCAUUCUUGCAAGCUUCUCCUGCAUAUCUCUCUCCUCUCGCUCUCUCUCUCUCUCCCUGUCUCUCUCAAAACUUUCUGCUAGCUUUGUCUUUGAGAAGCAAAUGGGUGCUCUUGACGAUCUCUCAGAUUACCUCUCAGACUUGUUUACAGUUGCCAGGAAGAAGAGGAAAAGAAAACCAAUGCAGACAGUUGAUAUCAAAGUGAAGAUGGAUUGUGAUGGCUGUGAAAGGAGGGUUAAAAAUUCUGUUUCCUCCAUGAAGGGUGUUAAAUCAGUAGAAGUGAACAGAAAGCAAAGCCGGGUGACAGUCAGCGGGAAUGUUGAGCCAAACAAGGUCUUGAAGAAAGUGAAGAGCACAGGAAAGAGGGCUGAGUUUUGGCCAUAUGUCCCAUACAACUUGGUGGCUUAUCCUUAUGCUGCUCAAGCCUAUGAUAAGAAAGCACCUGCAGGCUAUGUGAAGAAUGUGGUUCAGGCACUUCCGAGCCCCAACGCAACAGAUGAAAGAUUUACAUCUAUGUUUAGCGAUGAGAACCCGAAUGCAUGUUCCAUCAUGUAGGAAAUCUAAUUUCAUUUGGCAAAAUGAAAGAGCAAGAGCUAGCAUAUAUAUACAUAUAGUUUGUUUUUUGUUGAAAGCUUUGCUGUUUAAUUAGGGCUAGUUUAGCUAGUUAGUGUAAGUAGUUAAGUAGAAGGGGCUUGGGUUUUCACUGAGAGUUUAGGUUAUAUAUAUAUAUAUUACAGGGCAUGUAGGCUCUCCUAAUUGCGAGGGAUAUCUAUCGAUGUGCUGAUCAUGCUUAGUUAGAUAACCUUCUUAUCUAUAGAUGUUUAUGACGAUCA